GGCAAAAAACUUGAUUUGACCAGAUCGUGUCGGAAUGAUACACCGAUUAUGCGCUAGUGAAGCGACACUUCAAUUGCGCCGCGCGAUUCAUGGACGACGGAGAUGAGUCCAACAACGCGAGCGCGAUUGCGGUCAAUUACAUGGCGCUAAUACAAGAAGCAUCUCAAGGACAUGAAGUCGAGGAGUCUCCACGCGAUGGGGACGACCCUCCACUCACGCUCAUGGAGACCGCCGUUGCUACGAUAGAAGAGAUGUGUCAAUCCUUUCAAGCUGAGUGCGACACGCGCCUGGACCGCAUGCAGGCUCGUGUCGAUGUGGCCCGCGAGAAGCUACCUCAGAUGAAGGUGUGGGCAAGGCAGCAGCAUGAGGCGAUCGCGUCGCUGGACGCACAGCUGCGAGAGAGUGCCGCUAAAUGCAAGACGUUGCUUCAAAAGUGGACGAAAGAGAAGGAAGACCGGCGCAGCGAGAAGGAGUGGAUAGCAGACGUAUGGCCUGACUUUGCCGUCGUACCACCGACGAUCUUGCGGCCGUUCAUGAAGCACGCCGAGUCGUUCGAGGACAAGGAAGCCAUCGCGAAGGAAGCAUCGAUGCAACUGCGGCUGCUCGAGCAAGGACGUCUCGUCAAGGAACGACUGGCGAUUGCAAGCCAGUGGUCCAUUGUGAACGACUACUAUUACAACUCAGUGACGGGAGAGAGCUGCUGGGAACCGCCUCCUGCGAUGCAGUACGUGGCUCCGACUGGAUGGGACAUCGCCGAGGGCAGGUGGAAGCCAGGAGUGCAGCUCACUCUCGAAGACGUACCGACAACUACCCAAGUGCAUGGCGCGGCGAUAACAGACGGCCAAUCUAUAAGGUCGGCAAGGGAGUCCAUGGGCGAGCCGAGCGACAGCGAAGCCGACGCACCGCUCGACCCGAUCGAACUGCGCGGCCAAGUUCAAAAAGAGCAAGCUGUGCUUGCAAAUUUGGAGAAAGACGUGGCUGCGUCGAACUUGCGGCUCCAAACGCUAAGCCACCAGCUUCAGACCAGUAUCCGCCGGCACAUUGACUCGGAACACGCCAUGGUCCAGGCAGAGUACGAUGCGCAAGUGGAAGCCGAGCGCAAACGGCUCGUGAAAGAGGCGCGAGAUCGCCAGGCGGCGGCCAUGGAGGCUCAGGCAAAGGCCACCGACAAGAAAACAUCGUCGCCGCCCAAAAACAAACUGCAAGCCGCUGAACUCGUCGUCGGCAUCACCGACGACAUGAUUCAUGUACAAGUUGACCCCCUCCGGCCACGACUUUGCACGCCCGCCAGCGCUGUGCCCGCGGUUCAAAUGCACGUCAAGGCAGACGAGAUGUACCUUCACAUGGAAGUCGUCCGGCGGCGAGUCGAUUCCCUCGUCAAGCUCGAGGAUUCGGCAUGGGAGAGCCACGACGCAUUUCGAGAAAUGAUUGAGAAAGACAUGCAUGCAGCGCGAAAAGAACUUGAAGCGGCAAUACAAGAUAUCGACACGUGCAAAAUGGCGCUGGAAUCAUCGCAAGCACGGCUCGAAACCAUCAAGGAGGCGCCGCCAAUGCCACAGCUGCAGCAGUCCACGGCAAGUCCAUCCAACGAAGGGAAUGACCGCCUAACUGCAUUCGAAAUCUACGAUCAGCAAAUGAAGGCAUGGGAAGAAGCGGAGGUGAACCGCCGCGUCGAGUGCGAAGACCUGGCAGCCGUGAUCGCCGACAUGCAGACGCGGCUGGCGGCGGCAACGUUAGAUCGCAUGAAGGACGAAAUUGCGUUCCUCGAGUCUCUGGAAACGUGCGAGGUCGAUCGCGGUGCCGGCCUGUGGGCCAAGAAGCGCGAGUACGAAGUGUGGCGCACAAAGAUGAUGUUGGACCGUGUCGAGAGGGAGGAACGCCUCGUGGCGCUCACGCAUGACUUGGGCGAAUACACGGCGGAGCUAGAGCAGGCCGGUCGCCUGCCGCUGCAAGCGAUGAACGUAUUGGAGAAACAGCGUUUGGAAGCCCAAGCGGAAGAAGAGAUGGCUUAUUACGCUGCCAAGAUCGACAUGACGACGACGGCGAUCCAAUCGAACGAAGCGGCAAAGGUCAAGCUCAUGGAGAUGGAGCUGCACGCGCUGGAGUUUCACACGAGGCGGCUCGAUGAAGAGAUGCAGCUGCACCAGGAGACCAAAGGCGUCUGGAUGCGCCAAAAGGUCACGGGGGACAUGGGUCAGCGCGACGUGCUGAGAGCGUGGCUCCUCUUAAACUACACGCGGGAAAAGCGGUGGAGGCAGCUCGUGUCGUACGAUCAAGUCGACAACACGCCAUGGGUGGCCCAAGAGGACUGGCUUGUGACACAGCAGCGACUUCGUCAUGAGGCCACCAUCACGACGCUAGAAGACAAGCACGCCGUGCGCGUGUUCGACCUCGAACAAGAGAUCGCCAAGCUGCAGGUCGCCCUCGAACUAGCCAUCCAGAGCAAGCGCCAGAGUGAUUUGGACAGAGCCCACGUGAUGGAGCUCGUCGAGGCGGCAGAUGAGCUCACGGAAAUCACCAAGGCCGAGGCUAUUCAGAGCCUGAAGAAGCAAAUGGACGUGUUGGUUGCCCAGAUGCAAGCCCAGCAGCUCGAACAUGACCUGCGCAUCGAGCGCCUGCUUGCCGAACACGCAGUCAUCCGGGAGGACCUGGAGAAGCGGCUGGAAGGCACGUCGGCGGACGCUGUCAUGCGCAUGCAAUGGCUCAAGGCCGUCAAGUGCGAGCUGUCGGAUCACAAAGUGUUGAACAAGCACUUGCUGUGCGGCAUCGCAGCCCUGGAAAAGCGCCGGGCUACAGAGAUCAACGACAUGCAGGCGCGCAUCAUGGCGCAGCUAAGCCGCAUCCACCGUCUCGAAAUGUGGAACAUGAGUCUCAAGCAGAGCAUUGAGGCCAACAACGACGUGUUGCUUCAGCAUCAGCUCAAGCUCGAAGAAAAGGUGGCCGAACAUCGUGCCGAGCAGCGCAUACUGCGCCGCGAAGUGUGGCGGCAGCGCAUCUCAGCGCAGCUUCUCUUAACCAGCGCCGACGAUCUGGUUCUGUUUUUUAUUCAAGGCAUUGCAGGACUGUGCGGCCAUGCCAACGACGCCCUGCGCAAAGCUGGUGCCAUUCCGAUUCUCGUGGAGCUCUGUAAGCUGCCUUCGCUCGCCCCGACGAUUCGAACCCUGGCGACGACAUCCCUCGGCAAGUUGAGCUGGAACACGCCGAAAUCACAGCGCCACAUCGGAUGGCAAGCCAAAACCAUCUGGACAAACUGGGUCAACAAGCUUUCCGCCCAAGCUGCGGAUGCCCUACACGAAAGCAAAAUCGACUUCGACGAUCUCGUGCCGCCGACAUCGGCAGAGAUGAACAUGACGGCAGACUAUGGCACCCACGAACGAUACCAAACCCACCUCGACCGCCUGCAUGUCCUCCGCGAAACAGAGUAUUGGGUCAGCCAGGCGCCGAUUCCUGUCUGUGUGAAUGAAGAAAAUGUACGCACCAUUGGUGACACGAGCGGCGCCUUGUCCGUGUUGGUCGAGCUCAGCACGCCCCAACCAAACGUGUCAUUGUCGAUUCAAGAGGGAGCCCUUGGAAGUCUGGCCGCGCUAGCCAUGCAUUCCCGCAACAUUCACCUCAUCGGGCGCUUCCCCGGCUUCCUUGAGACGCUCCUGGGACUGUGUGAGGCGGCUCCCAGUCGAGCGAUACAGAUCAACGCCUUACACAGCCUUACCAACUUGUCCUUUCAAAAUCCAGUCCACCAAGACGCUGUGUACUCGAAGGAUGGAAUCUUGACGCUGCUGCGCGUGCUCAAGUCGUCCCGCGACGUGGAUGUCCUGGACUUCGCCACUUCAGCACUCGCCAACCUCACGGAGACACACGUCGCAAUGGUUGAACAGCUCGUGUCGGAGGGAGGGCUGGCGCUGGUGCUGCACCUGUCGAUGGCCCCGUACUUGUGCGACGCCGUCGAAGAUGGCAAGAUGGAUGUCAUUCAAGGCAAUCUCGCGCUGUGUGUGGUCCACAUUCUCCACGCCAGCCCGGAGAGCGUGCUUCGGGUCUGGAUGAACGACAGCCACGAAAUCGACAAGCUCCACCAGCAGCUACCUCCCCCAACCCAACCAGGGUCGCGUUCUUCGUACCUGACGUUGUGCAUGCAUCUCAUCGCGUGUGGCGAGGUAUGUGUCCAAGCUGCCGCCGUCAUGGUGCUUGGAGUCGUUGCCCAAGACGACGUCGUGCGCGGCGAACUCGGGGAUGCUGGCGCGAUUGAGUUGCUCAUGCCGUUCAUGACCAACGACGCCAUCCUCGACACGCCCAUCCGCCUCUCUCUCGCCGAACACACUGCGUGGACGCUGCUCCAACUGAGCUGGAAUCGCGACAACCAGACGCGGCUCAGCUUGUAUUCGAGCUCGUGGCGCGACCUGUGCCACCGCCCGACGCCGUCCAAGUGGACCGUGAUCCAGCAGCACGUGUUCCAGCUCGUUGGAAACCUCGUCUUCUACCAUCCCGAGAACCGGCACAUGAUGCUCCACGACAACCAGUGGGUGGCGCUGCUUGUGGAAACGUGUGGACGGUACGACGUGGCGUGGCGCGUCGACUGCGUGCGGGCGCUGUGUGCGCUGUCGUACGAGAAUGCAUUUGCGGCUUCUUGCGAGCACAUGCCUGUGCUCGUCAACGUGCUCGAGACAGCAUCCGGCGACACGACCCUCGCGCUCCAUGCGCUGCAGUGGCUCAUCAACCUUCUCGUCCAUGACACGCAGAAAAGUCGAUUCGUCCAUUGCCCGAACGCGACGGAAGCUCUCGUGCGCCUCUGCGGGUCCGACACCGAAGCCAUUCGCCAUCGAGCGCAGCAAGCCCUCGAUCUCGUCGCCGACAUCCGCCUCCCCAAGCACAUGUGGAAUACAGGCACAUGACGACGGCGGACCAGCGAGGACAGGCACGCCGUCUGCCCGCGCUUUGUAGUUUCACGUCGAUCCCAUUCGUAUUCCAGCAAAACUGUCGUGAUUCUUGCAACUGAUCGAAGAGAUGCCAGGUUUCGCUGCAUGUUGUGUUAGUAGAUGAAGAGGUUGUCGAAAUUUCGACAUUGCACUGAUGGCAUGUCAACUUUGUUUGGCAAGUGGGGGUUUGACUUGAUACAAUGCAGCGAUAUCGGGAGGAAGCGGAUAUCCCGGCGGCAGAAAUGCGCGAAACCCGUCGAGUAAACGGGGGUGGCCCGCGAAGAGUGCGGCCACGCGGCGCAAGGUGUCCCUCGUGUCGAUUC